AUGUCCAAGAGAAGCGAGCCAGCUCAUCCGGAGCAGAAGCACCCAAGCACUAAGCGGGCCAAAGAGAUCGAUGCGCACACUCCCUAUGAGGAACUGCGGUCUCUCCUUGCCGACCAGGAGUGUCCCAGCGACACCAGGAGGGUGCUGCAUUGGUUCCGGAGCAAGGACCUGCGCAUCCACGACAAUCGAGCAUUGAGCGCGGCCUCUCAGUUGGCAAAAGAAUCGCAUGCUUCUUUGUUGUGCGUGUAUGUCAACUGUCCAGCCGAGUUCCGUUGGCAUGGCACAUCACCGGCCAGAACGGACUUCAUCUUUGAAAAUCUUGCGCUUAUGAAGGCUGAGCUUGAGGCAUUGGGCAUUCCUUUGGCCUUCUUGGAAGCCAGUGAACGUGACGAGAUCGUUCCGACGAUUGUUAACUUCGUUCGUGAAAACGACAUCUCGCAUGUGUAUGCAAACUACGAGUAUGAAAUCGACGAGUUGCGCCGCGACAUCCAGGUUUUCAAGGAGGCCACUGCUGGGAACUCCAAGUCCAAGGGAUUCCAUCUCUCUUUUCAUCACGAUCAGACGGUAGUGGAGCCAGGCACCGUACUUACAGACAGCGGGAAGGCCAUGAAAGUAUUCACACCAUACCACAGGGCGUGGCUUGCUGAAGUCAAGGCAAAUCCAGGUCUUCUCGACACUGUCCCCGCGCCUUCGAAGAAUUCCACCGAAUCAAAGAAAGAGCUGGAUCGGUUCUUUGGCAGUCCUGUUCCCAGCCCACCCCAGGAAAAGCAAUUUGCCUCUGAUGAGGAAAGGGAACGAAUUCGCAAACUCUGGCCCGCAGGUCACGACGCUGCUGUUCAGCGGCUCAAUCACUUCCUUGACGACAAGAUCGCCGACUAUGCGGCCACACGCUCCAAUCCAGCAAAGGACUCUACGUCCCGGCUCUCUGCAUACUUCAGUGCUGGUGUCCUCUCCAUUCGCGAAAUCCUCACCUCGGUGAGCAAGCGGAAUGACAACUCCACCGAUUUCUCCAAUCAAGGCUGCGACCCAGGAAGGUCUGGCUGGGUCCGCGAAAUCGUCUUCAGGGAGCUGUAUCGGCAGACUCUGCUCCAGACCCCUCACACGUCGAUGAACCUACCGCAGAAUUUGAAAUUCGACUUUGUGGACUGGGAAGAAGAUGAGGAAGGGUACAAACGCUGGGAAGAGGGCACGUUGGGCGUUCCCUUCGUGGACGCUGGGAUGCGACAAAUCAAACAGGAGGCGUACAUGCACAACCGCCUCCGCAUGAACGUCUCGAGCUACUUGUACUGCAAUCUGCUCGUCGACUAUAGGCGUGGGGAGCGAUACUUUGCAGAGACGUUGAUCGAUUGGGAUCUUAGCAACAACACGCAAGGCUGGGAACCCAGCUACACCGUGUUCAACCCUGUCAGCCAGGCCGAGAAGAAUGAUCCCGAGGGAGAGUACAUCCGCAAGUGGAUCCCGGAGUUGAAGGAUGUCAAGGGAAAGGCCAUCUUUGAUCCCUAUCACCGGUUGGAUAAGCAGGAGUUUGAGAAACUGGGGUAUCCCAAGCCAUACGUCGACUGGCAGAAGACCAAGCAGAGGGCGAUCGAAAGAUUCAAAUCGAAUAUGAAGGACGCUGAUCCUUGA